UCUCUCCAUCUCUCUGCAUGCGCAUCUCUCUCUCCUUGCAUGCAUCUCUCUCUGCAUGCUCUCUCUCUCUUGAUAUGCAUGCACGCGUCUCUCUCUAUGCAAAAUCUUCUCAGCAUCCGCGCCAAUCUCUCAUCCAUUGCAUGGCCUAUGAGCCUAUGAACCGGAAGAGCAGCAGGCGCUUGAAGCUGAAGGAAUUGGAACCAAAAAAUUUCGUUUGGUUUGUGUAUGAAAUCUUUGCGCCAAGAAUUCUAGCUCCCUCCUAAACUGAACAGCCCGCCAUAGAUUAGCAGCUCUAGAUUUAGCUUGGCGCCAAUGCUUUUGAAACUCAAAAAUCCUGCCUAUAAAACUCAGGCCCCGCCAUGAAGCAAACCACACAAAAAUUUCACUUCCCUCUCUUUGCUCCUCUCUCUCUCUUGCCACGGGAAUGCAAUGGCUACUUUCGACCUCAAUACGGCCAUCAAUUGGGACGAGGUGGAGGAUCAAUACGAUGGCCAUGCGGAGGACAUGAACUACGUCUACGUAUUCGAGGAGAGCGACGGCGAAGAUGAAGCCGCCCAGCAGAACAAUGGCGGAUUCGGAAGCAGCGGAAACAACCCUUCGCACGACACGGAGGACCCAGGAGGAAGCUGCGACAACGGAAACAACAACCAGUGCACCAUGGAGGCGCAAGGAGAAAGUGGCGGUGCUGGUCCGAACCACACAGACCGGGUACACGGCGCGGACGCUGACGGCGGCAGUGCGUUGGUCUAAGCCGCACCGACCGCAUGCACGAGGAUGACCCGUCCAGCGGAGGAAGCACCAGCCACAACCGUGGACGCCUCCGCCAUCGUCCGGGUGCAUGCCGCAGUCCGCGAGCGCGUCGCCGUCCGCGAGCGGGAGCAGGCCGACAUCCACGGGCGCACCGCCUACCGGGAACACGCCGCCUUCCCGGCACAGGUCGCUGUCCGAGAGCGCGCCGCCUCCCACGAGUGUGUGGCCGUCCACGGGAGCGCCGCCUACCGGGAACACGUCGCCCGCGAGCGCGCCGCCCUCUGCGAGCGGGAGCACGCCACCGUUCGCGAGCGCGCCGCCCAUUGCGAGCGGGAGCACGCCACCGUCCGCGAGCGCGCCGCCUGCGGGGAGCGCGCCACCGUCCGCGAGCGCGCCGCCUGCGGGGACACGCCUCCGUACGCGAGCUCGCUGUCCUCCACGUACAGCUCGCUGUCCUCCGCGAGCAAGCUUUCAUCCAUGGUCUCGCUAUCCUCUACAGGCUGGCUGUCCUCCCACAACCACGAUGGAUGGAUGUCAUCCAUGGAGAUGUACAGGAUGUGGAGGAGAAGGGAGAGUGGGAUGUGGAGAAUGGGAAGCUGA